CUAGUGAGAAACUCGAAGUUUCUCAAAAGGAAGAUAAAUUUGAUGAAAACUCGAAGCUUGUUGAAAAGCAGGAGGUUCAAAUAUCCCUUCUUCAGGCAGAGAUUGAUGCACUGAAGAAUUCAAUUUCCUCUCGAGACAAAGAAUUACAGUCUCUAACUGCAGAUCUUUUACGAUUCAAAGCAGAAUACGAUGAAUAUAGACACAAGGGUUUGCCUUCUGAUCUCAAUCCGCUUUUAAACUAUUCACAUCAAUUUGAACUUAUGAAGGGGGAAAAGGAUCUCCUCAAGGCCCAAGUUGAAAGGCUCGUUCGCGAGUCCGAUGGGUUGCACGCUAAAAUUAGGGACGAGAUUUCCCUCAAUAACGAGUCCUUGCGUAAUAUGGAGCAGGGCUUUGAAGACGAACGAAGAUCUCUUCUUGCCCGUUUGAAAGACGCCAUUUCGGAAAGAGAUUCUUCCUACGUUGCUCAAGACGAUUUGCACAAGAAAUUCACCUCAGUGUCCCAAAUCAACCAAGAUCUUGAAAAUACAAUCCAAAUUUUAAAGAAACGAAUCUCUUCCUGUGCAAGCUUGGCUGGAAAUUUAUCGCCAGAUGAGGCCCUUCUUGCUCAAGAGCUAGAAGCGACAGCAGAGGCUUUUAAUGAUGCCAUCGAAAAUAAUGAGAAUCUUUUAAAGCAAUUAUCCACAAAGGAGGAAGUAAUUGUGAGGCUCCAUGCAGAGAAAAGCAAGCUUGAUGCUCUGUUUAAAGAAAAAGAGCGCGAGUUGGCCAAUGUUGCUAGGCCGCCAGAGCUAAACAAUUGGGAGCUCUCAACGGCAGGGCAACUAAGCGGCUUAAAGGAGAAAGUUUGGUCCCUCUCAACAAAGCUGGCAAAUGUGGAAAAAGAUCUAUCCCAAAAGCAGAAUAUGUCGGAUUACUACAAGCGAAAAUUGAGCGAAUGUUCACGACAGCAAGCGGAAAUCCAAGCAAAAUUUGAUCAAGCAGCAAGAUCUUUAGAUGAGAUGCGUAACGAGCUCGUUGAGGCCAAAACGGUUUCAAAAAGAUUUUCCGGAGAAAAAGCUAGAAUGGAGGAAGAAUAUCAGUCCUUGCGUAAAAGAUUUGAUAUUUUUAUGUCAAAGGGACAUACAAAUAUAAUUUCCGAGGAUGCAAAGCUCUUGGAUGAGCUCAAGUAUUAUCAGUGCCCAAUAUGUCUACGUAGGGAAAGGACACAUGUUCUUUGUCGCUGUAUGCAUGUCCUGUGUAAAGAGUGCAUCGAUGCACGUAUUGAGACCAGACAAAGAAAGUGUCCCAUCUGCACUGAGCCCUUUGGUACCUCUGAUGUGAAGCAAAUUUAUCUUAAUUAA